UCGUCAGGUCAACCGCUGGGAAACAGAACUUCAGCUCGUCGUCGAUCUUGCUUAGCCUUUUACUACCUGGGAGGUGCGUUUGCACCGCUAUCCUGCAAGGAUAAUCGUGGCAGAAUCAGGAAAGUCCGCCUUGGAACGUGGUCAAGUGUGUCAUAUAUUGCACACCGCCCCGCACACAUUCGGACGUAACAAGUUCCUCGCAACUCGGUGAGCUUUCCUUGAGCGCGAAAGCCACCCAGCAUCAGGCUUCUGGUCACUCUCACUUGCCCGAUGUUCGACGAAAGUCCUAGUCAGCCCCCGUCCCCAGCCCAAGCACUUGUUGCACUUGGGCCGCUCGAGCCCGAGUGGCAGCCCGUAUUCCAGGCUUCAAACCAAGUCGUGCUUUACAACCCAACUUCCCAUGCGCUGACGAUACAUCCAAAUGCAACGCACUGCUUCCCUUGCCCGUACUGCCGCCGUCCGCUUCCACCAGGCUUUGCACUUGAGGAGGAUAUCCACAUCCGUGAAAGAUCUUAUUCAAGGCCAUCAAACUACUUCAAAUUGUUGUCUGUGUCAAGCGACACCUCUCGGACAUCAACCCCACCUCCUCUGGCAAGUGGAACUUCACAGUCUGCAUUCCCUAGACAGGCUAUGGCAGAAGGAUACUUCAAAAAGUUCUUUCAAGAAGAGUACCGCCUGGGUAUGGGUGCCUACGGAAGCGUGUAUCUUUGUCAACAUGUUCUCGAUGGAAACCCACUAGGACAUUUUGCUGUCAAAAAAAUUGCAGUGGGAGAGUCUCACUCGUAUCUCCUCAGUAUCUUGCGCGAGAUCCGUCUUCUGGAAACUCUUCGUCAUCGGAAUAUAAUCACUUAUCAUCACGCGUGGCUUGAAUCAUAUCAGUUUUCUUCCUUCGGCCCGAAAAUUCCAACACUACACGUGCUCAUGCAGUGGGCGGAGGGCGGCAGCUUGGACGAUUUCAUCGACGUUCGACUUGGGCGGCCGUCUAGACUACCUUACUUACAAUCAUCCUCAUCCUCGUCACCAUCGGAUUCCCCGUCUGCCCGUAUACGUCAGUUCCGUGCAAUGCAGCGUGCUCCGCCGGAGGAACGCGAACGUCUUCGCCGAGAAAUGGAAGAAAAAGCGGCUGCUAGAAAUACUGGAAAAACAUCAUGGAAGGCCGUCCACCUUCUAAGCGCGGAAGAAGUACAGAGCUUGUUUUCGGACGUGGUGGAGGGUCUUUCCUUCCUGCAUAGUAGAUCGAUACUGCAUCUCGAUUUGAAGCCAGGUAAUGUUUUAUUGACCCAUGAUGAAGGGAAGCUCAUUCCCCGUGCUAUGCUUUCUGACUUUGGCACCUCUCGUGAUAUGCUUCAGUCUUCUGGAUCGCGCUCGGGAAAUACCGGGACAUUGGAAUACGCUUCACCUGAAUCUUUACCCUCACCCCAAACCGGGUUCUUGAAGGAGGUAGACUCGAAAUCCGACAUGUGGUCUCUUGGAAUGAUCCUUCAUAAAAUGCUUUUCUUCCGGUUACCUUAUCGAUAUGCUUCGGAUUCCGAGAGGAGCGAGGAAGGGGAAGCGGACAUACUAAAUAAACUAGAACAGGAGAUACUGGGCUACUCGGGAUUCCGGUCAACAUCGUCUUUAUCUGCUGCCUUCGAGUCUCGGCGCCUUCCUCGAGCCUUCCUUAUUUUGUUGGAGACCCUUCUCAGUGUCAUUCCGUCUAGUAGACCAUCAUGUGAACGGAUUGCGGGCGCCAUAAGGGAGGGAAGAUUCAAUCCCGUUGCUCCUGCCCCGGACGCAUCAGGAACGUCUCUGGUUCCCCUCCGUAAGGCAACCGACGAAGCUUACACGGGGAAUUCCUUCGAGAGACCGGUAGCCAUGGUACCUGCAUCAGCGACCAGUGGGCAAAGUGGUAGUGAAGAUAUUACUGUUUCGGAGCCCUCCCUUCCUCAUUCAGAUGAAAAGACACCACUUUUACAAUUGCUUUCCCAUGCUUUGCCUAGGGGCUUAUCUUCUUGGCACGUCUUCAUGGGCAUGCUUCAGGCUCAUCGACCGCGCAUAACUAAGGAUGCUUGGACAAGAACUUUCAAAGCAUGCAUGCUCGCUGCCAAGGCGGUUUCCAUCGUUGUUUCGUGGGACGCGUUCCAUGUACGUCCUGGACUGCUGACAGUCUCGGUUUUGGCUGCGCUGGCAGAUCCGUUUUCAGAACAACUUCGGGUAUCGUUCAUCCUUGCACUUGUCCACCUAGGAUUAAUAUGGGCAGCAAGACGGGUCCAGUUUACUACUUUCGGGUACCCCACAUACUAGUUGCAUUCGAUCUCGCUAUCACACUCUUGAUUUACUAUCCAAUGCAAAUGAACCAUAGCAGUGACGGUGCAAGUGACUGUUUGGAGGCAAUUCCAUGCUGCAUAUCCGAGGGAGUUGGACGGCUCGACGGCCUUUCACCACCGCUGUCUCUAUCGAUAGGAAGAACAUCGCCGCUGGUUCCAAGCAACGUGUCCACACUAUGUGGAGUUCUUCCACUCUCCCCUCUUGGCAGGUACCCUAGUGAUGUAAGUGGGGUUAGUUGCAGCACCAGGAAUACCCACAAGUAUGGAGACGGCCCCCUUACGCAAACUCUCGUAUGGCUAUUUUGAGGAACUGCUUCUAGUAGUUUCUGUGGCGAACUUUGGAGCACCAG